AUGUCGACGACUUACCUGUUCAUAUCUAUCUAUCUAUCUAUCUAUCUAUCCAUCCAUGCUUUAAAUAAACAUUGUGGAGAAGAUUCUUUCUUUUUGUUUCUUUCUUUCUUUCUUUCUUUCUUUCUUUCUUUCUUUCUUUCUUUCACCUAUUCUUUCUUUCUUUCUUUCUUUCUUUCUUUCUUUCUUUCUUUCUUUCUUUCUUUUUCUUUCUUUCCUUUUUCUUUUCUUUUUUUUUCUUUCUUUCUUUCUUUCUUUCUUUCUUUCUUUCUUUCUUUCUUUCUUUCACCCAUUCUUUCUUUCUUUCACCCAUUCUUUCUUUCUUUCUUUCUUUCACCCAUUCUUUCUUUCUUUCUUUCUUUUUUUUCUUUCUUUUUCCAUUCUUUUCCUUUUCUUUCUUUCUUUCUUUUCUUUCUUUCUUUCUUUCUUUCUUUCUUUCUUUUUUUCUUUCUUUCUUUCACCCAUUCUUUCUUUCUUUCUUUCUUUCUUUCACCUAUUCUUUCUUUCUUUCACCUAUUCUUUCUUUCUUUCACCCAUUCUUUCUUUCUUUCUUUCUUUCUUUCUUUCUUUCUUUCUUUCUUUCUUUCUUUCUUUCUUUUUCAUUUUCACUUUUUUCUAUUCUUUCCUUCUUUCUUUCUUUUUCUUUCUAUUCUUUUUUCAAUUCUAUUCUUUCUUUCUUUCUUUUUUCUUUCUUUCUUUCUUUCUUUCUUUCACCUUAUUCUUUCUUUCUUUAUUCUUUCUUUCUUUUUCCCAUUCUUUCUUUCAUUCUUUUCUUUUCUUUUCUUUCACCUAUUCCUUUCUUUUCUUUCUUUUCUUUCUUUCUUUUCUUUUCUUUCUUUCACCCAUUCUUUUCUUUCUUGUCACCCACCUAUUCUUUCUUUCUUUCUUUCUUUCUUUCUUUCUUUCUUUUCUUUCUUUCUUUCUUUCACCCUUUUUUCUUUCUUUCUUUCUUUUUCUUUCUAUUCUUUCCAUUCAAUUUAUUUUCUUUCUUUCACCCUUUCUUUUCUUUCUUUCUUUUUUCUUUCUUUUCUUUCUUUCACCUUUAUUCUUUCUUUCUUUCAUUCCUUUCUUUUCUUUCUUUUCUUUCUUUCUUUCACACAUUCUUUCUUUCUUUCACCCAUUCUUUCUUUCUUUCUUUCUUUCACCCAUUCUUUCUUUCUUUCACCCAUUCUUUCUUUCUUUCUUUCUUUCACCUAUUCUUUUUUUUCUUUCUUUCAUAUUCUUUCUUUUUUUUUUCUUUCUUUUCUUUCUUUCACCUUUUCUUUUCUUUUCUUUUUCUUUCUUUCUUUCUUUCAUUAUUCUUUCUUUCUUUCUUUCACCCAUUCUUUCUUUCACAUUCUUUUUUUUCUUUCUUUCUUUCUUUCUUUUUCUUUCACCUAUUCUUUCUUUCUUUCUUUUUUCCAUUCUUUCUUUUCUUUCUAUUCUUUUCUUUUCUUUUUUCUUUUUUAUUUCUUUUCUUUCUUUCUUUUCUAUUCUUUCUUUCUUUCUUUCUUUCACCAUUCAUUUUUUUCUUUCUUUCACCCAUUCUUUUUUCUUUUCUUUCUUUCUUUCUUUUUUCUUUCUUUUCCCAUUUCUUUCUUUCUUUCUUUUCUUUCUUUUUCUUUAUUCUUUCUUUCUUUCUUUCUUUCACCUAUUCUUUUCUUUCUUUCAAUUUAUUCUUUUCUUUCCCAUUCUUUCUUUCUUUCUUUUUCUUUUUCUUUCUUUCUUUUUUUCACCAUUCUUUCUUUCUUUUUCUUUCACCCAUUCUUUUCUUUCUUUCUUUCACCUAUUCUUUCUUUCUUUCACACAUUCUUUCUUUCUUUUUCACCAUUCUUUAUUCUUUCUUUCUUUCACCUAUUCUUUCUUUCUUUCUUUCUUUCACCCAUUCUUUUUUUCUUUCUUUCAUUUCUUUCUUUCUUUCUUUUCUUUCUUUUUUUCUUUCUUUCUUUUUCUUUCACCCAUUCUUUUUUUUCUUUCUUUUCUUUCCAUUCUAUUCUUUCUUUUUUUCACCUUUCUUUCUUUCUUUCACUUUACCUAUUUCUUUUUUUUUCUUUCUUUUUCACCCAUUCUUUCACCUAUUUUCUUUCUUUCACCCAUUCUUUCUUUCUUUCUUUCUUUCCCAUUCUUUUUUUUCUUUCCAUUUUUUUUUCUUUCUUUCAAUUUAUUUUCUUUUCUUUCAAUUUAUUCUUUCUUUCUUUCACCCAUUCUUUUUUUUCUUUCUUUCAUCCAUUCUUUCUUUCUUUCUUUUCUACCUUUUCUUUCUUUCUUUUCUUUCUUUUUCUUUCUUUUUUCUUUUUCUUUCUUUCUUUCUUUCUUUUUCAUUUUCUUUCUUUCUUUCACCCAUUCUUUUCUUUCUUUUUCUUUCUUUCUAUUCAUCCAUUCUUUCUUUCUUUUUUCUUUCUUUCUUUCUUUCUUUCAUCCAUUCUUUCUUUCUUUCUUUCUUUCUUUCUUUCUUUCUUUCUUUCUUUCAUUCAUUCUUUCUUUCUUUCUUUCACCCAUCCUUUCUUUCUUUUAUUUGCUCUCCUUCACUUAUUUUUAAAAAAAAUCCACUUUAAAUCCCCGUUUUAA